CUUAUUCACCCUACCGUCGAUAGGCCUACUGGCGCCGAGCCCUUGCGAACUCCGCUAUUCUGCACUACAAGGAAGCCCUGAAAGACUUCAAGGCCGUGAUCAAGAGAGAGCCCAACAACCGCGAUGCCAAGCUAAAGCUUACCGAGUGCGAGAAGCUCGUUCGUCGGCUCGAGUUCGAGAAGGCGAUCGAGGUCGGUGAUCCGCCUUCCGCUUUCGAGGAUCUGGAUAUCGAUGCGAUGGUCGUGGAUGAGAAGUAUGAUGGUGUGCGCUUGGAGAAGGAAAUGACGCAGGAGUUCAUUGAUGACAUGAUUGAGCGGUUCAAGAACGGAAAGAAGAUCCAUCGCAAAUACGCUUUCCAAAUAAUCAAGGCCGUCAAGGAUCUUGUCUAUGCGGAGCCGACGAUGGUGGAGGUGGGUGUUAAGGAGGGUACUAGGUUGACGGUUUGCGGUGACACGCACGGUCAAUUCUUCGAUCUUCUCGAGAUCUUCCGCCUCAACGGCUACCCUAGCGAUACCCAUGCUUAUCUCUUCAACGGUGACUUUGUGGACCGUGGAUCGUGGUCGACGGAGAUUGCUCUCCUGCUGUACGCCUACAAGUGGCUGCGCCCCAACGGUAUCUUCCUGAACCGUGGCAACCACGAGACGGACGACAUGAACAAGGUGUAUGGCUUCGAGGGCGAGUGCAAGGCCAAAUACAACGAGACGGUGUUCAAGGUCUUCUCCGAGUCUUUCUCGGCUCUGCCGCUGGCUACGUUGAUCGGCAACAAGUACCUUGUGCUCCACGGUGGUCUCUUCUCGGAUGACAACACUACGCUGGAUGAUAUCCGCAAGCUGAACCGCCACAACCAGCGCCAGCCUGGACAGCAGGGCUUGAUGAUGGAAAUGCUGUGGACGGACCCGCAGACCGCGCCCGGUCGCGGACCCAGCAAGCGUGGUGUUGGUCUUCAGUUUGGUCCGGAUGUCACCAAGCGCUUCUGUGAGAAGAACGGUCUGGAAGCGAUCAUCCGUUCGCACGAGGUGCGCAUGGAGGGCUACGAGGUCGAGCACGACGGACGGUGUAUCACCGUCUUCUCUGCGCCGAAGUACUGCGACACCACGGAGAACAAGGGUGCCUUUAUCAAGAUUGGACCCGAGCUCAAGCUUGAGUACCAGGUGUUUGAGGCUGUUCCUCACCCGGAUAUUAAGCCGAUGGCGUAUGCGCAAAACUCUCUCAUGUCGUCGAUGAUGUGAGAGGCUUGACUGCUUUGCAAGCUGGGCGUUCAUGGGAUGGAUUGGGAGCGGGUCAAUCUCGCCGAUCGGACGGGGACAUGAUACAUAUACAUCACGAUUCAGGAUGGGAACUGCGACGGUCAGAUGAGAAGAAGAAGAAGAUGCGGAAAGCCUUGGAUUACACAGUACGAGGGCCAUGUAUCUACGGAUGAUUGACGACGAUCUCGUGAACUCUUUGCAUAGCGGAAUAUCUAUCUAUCUAUUUUGCUAGUUACAUCUUUAAUCUUUCUUCUUCAAGGCUAUCUAGGUGUAUGUUCUCUGCGGUUGAGUUGUCCCGCAUGUGCAGGUCUGGCGAUGUUGGAUUGGCUGUGGGAAAGGGGAAUUGGUUGGACGAAUUGCUUCGUGUCGUACGUCUUGCCUUCCAGUCAAGAGUUCUGCAUCCAUCAAUUAGAUAAAAGAUGCCACUGAAUUGCAUGGGGGAGAAAUGAG